AUGGUUUUCACUGAUGGUUCGUUAUCAUCAAGUAGUAAUUCUUCAAAGCGUGUUAGAGUUGAAGAUGAUAAUAAGUCUGUUAAAUCUAUGGAUGUUUUUAGUUUUACUGAAAAUAAUUAUAAGAAGUUUGCCAGAAUUAGUAGUUCUUGUGAUGUUUUUCAUAAGGAUAAGAUUGAAAAGAAUGUAAAAAUAGAGAAUUAUCAAGAAUCUGGCACAAAUACUAUUAGUAACGAGGAGGAGGAAUAA